GUGUGUUCUUGUUCUUAAAUUAAAGAUAUUGUCUGUGUGUAUUUGCAAGUUUUAAUUUUUUUUUAAAAUUUAUUUCUGUGGGUUAUUUUUAUAAAAUAAAUCUUGUCUUAAAAAAUAAAAAGUUCAAGUAUUUAUUUAUUAAUAAAAAAUUUCAAGUUUAGUAAUUGGUCAUGGAGUAUUUAAGAUUGGAAUUUUAUAGUAAGUUGAGAAUCGUGUGUUUGAUGACACUUUUCAUUGCUCAAGUUUGCUAUGGAGAGACCGAUCAAAGGGAUGUCUUGGCUAUAAAUAGUCUGUAUGCGGCUCUCGGCUACCCACCUCUUCCUGGAUGGUUAGUAUCUGGGGGAGACCCUUGUGCGGAAGGUUGGCAAGGAGUUCUAUGUGUCAACUCCAAUAUAACUGGAAUAGUGCUUAAUGGUGCUAAUCUGGGAGGUGAAUUGGGUGAAAACUUGGGAGCUUUCUUAUCCAUCAUACAGAUAGAUGUAAGCAAUAAUCAUAUUGGAGGCCCGAUACCAACAAGCCUUCCUCUUACGAUCAAGAUUUUAACGCUUUCGGGGAACCAACUUACAGGGAGCAUCCCAGACUCUCUAUCCUUGUUAGGCCAAAUGACAGACUUAUCAUUGAGCAACAACCAUUUGACUGGAGUAAUACCGGAUUCUUUUCAACAGCUUACACCUUUAGUUAAUAUGGACUUGUCUGCUAACAAUUUAAGCGGGCCACUGCCUCCUUCGAUGGCAAACUUGUUAUCAGUAACAACAUUACAUUUGCAGGAUAAUCAUCUUACUGGGUUUCUUGAUGUACUGCAAGAUCUUCCACUAAUAACUUUGGAUGUGGAAAAUAACCUUUUUUCUGGACCAAUACCUCCCAAAUUGAUGGGCAUUCCGAAUUUCAGAAGCACUGGAAACCCCUUUAACACAACAAUUAUUCCUUCUCCACCAAUCUCAUCUCCGUCACCAUCAUCGCUUGCCCCCCAACCCCCGGAAAUUGGGCCGGGAAUUCAAGUAUUCGGACAGCCACCACCAGAGCCACAACAUUCUUCUGGAAAAUCCAAGUCUUUAAUGAGUAGAAAAGUUUUUUGGGUUGGUAUUGGUGGAUUCCUGAUUCUUCUUGUACUUGCAUUUGGAGUUUGCUUUUGUAUUUCUAAACGGCUAAAAAAAAAGCCACCAGUCAAACUUUCAAAGAAUGUGCAAAAGUCAAGCUCUACAGUAAAUGUCUUAAAACCAUCUGAACGUAGAGAAAAUGAUAUGGGAAACAAGGAUCUAUUGGCAAUGUCAUCAACAAAAAGUGAGAAGGUCGAAACAGUUGCUAAGAGCAAGGAUGAUCAUGUGAUAGACAUGACAAAAGUCAAUGCAAAUUCUUUAACACCUCGAGCUCUACCUCCUCAACCUUCUCCUCGUGAAAGGGUCGUUGUAAAACCGACUGCGGUUCCAACGAGUAGUUCUCAGCGUACUAUAAGAACUGUAAACUCUGCGAAAUUUUUCUCGAUAGCAUCUCUUCAAGAGUACACAAAUAGCUUUUCUCAAGAAAAUCUUAUAGGAAGUGGCAUGCUUGCUACCGUAUACAAAGCUGAGCUUCCUAAUGGGAAGCGACUAGCAAUCAAGAAAUUGGACACUGCAACCUCUAGGAAGUGGAGCGAUGAACGCUUUAUGGAGUUGGUGUCAAGUAUGUCUAAACUUCGGAAUGAAAAUAUAGUUGGACUUGAAGGUUACUGUCUUGAGCAUGGGCAAAGACUUUUUGCUUUCGAGUAUUGUGAGAAUGGGACAUUAUAUGAAGCUCUGCAUCUAAAUGAUGAAGUUCAUGAGAAGCUUUCGUGGAAUUCGCGAGUACAUCUAGCACUUCAAGUAGCAAGAGCUCUUGAGUACUUGCAUGAAGUUUGUCAACCGGCUGUUGUACAUCAGAACUUGAAUUCAACAAAUAUUCUUUUCGACAAUGAGCUCAAUGCACGCGUUUCAGAUUGCGGUUUUGCUCCAUUAUUACCAUCUAGCCAUGUAACCCAGUUGCAAGGCUGCGGGUAUGGUGCCCCGGAACUUGAGUCUGGAAGUUAUACCUACCAGAGUGACGUUUAUAGCUUUGGUGUCAUUAUGUUAGAACUUUUCACUGGCCGGAAAGCGUUUGACAGUUCAAGGCCACGUGGGGAACAGUUUCUCGUGAGAUGGGCAAUCUCUCAGCUACAUGAUAUAGAAGCAUUGUCAGGGAUGGUUGAUCCUUCUCUACGUUCUGCAUGUUCUUCCAAGUCUUUGUCUAGGUUUGCAGAUAUCAUUUCUCUCUGCGUUCAGGCUGAACCGGAAUUUAGGCCACCAAUGUCAGAGAUUGUGCAAAGUCUCUUGCAUAUGAUCCAAAGGAAUCCUUGAUAGUAGUUUCGAAUAUGGCAAAUUUGUUGGACCUGGAUAGUAGUUUGCAAAGAGACAUCAUAGAUGCAUAGUCAGUUUGUGGUAGUGCAAAACGCACUUCUCGUGUUCAUAACUAAGUUUUUAUAGUAUAGCCAUGAAUGUUCAAAUUUUGGUUAGUUAUGGGUUCAAUUUGUUGAUUGAAUGUAUUUUAUUGUGGUUUUUAAUUGUAGGUAUUCAUUUAUAUUUAGAAAUUAAA